AUGUCGCAGCUUCGAGUAUUUGUUUCCGGCACAUAUUACUCAGUGGCAAGAGUAAUUGUGCAAGAAUUAUAUAAACGUUUUGGAAACACUGUAGCCGAAGUGCGACUUGGAUUCGAUAAGGAGCAACCGACGCCGUUCUGGUCGUCUCGAGUCAGUAUAAUAUGUUCAAUAGACUCGGAAAACAAAGACACCAUAAGGGAAGCUUUGAAAAACGUGAACGCAGCGUUUUUAUGGAAGGCUCCGGGUGAUCCAGAAGAUUUAUUGAAGAGUUUUGUCGAUGUAGCAGAAGAAAAUGGCGUUCAAAACCUCGUUAUUCUCUCUACAUAUCAUUCAUACUUGGCUUCUGGCCAAGAGAUUGAGACAUAUGUAUCUUCAAAAUCUAUCCCUCGAUAUACUUUUCUCCAUGUACCGUUUUUUACUCACCACUUUGACAUUUAUAAAAAUACCAUUAUCAAAGAGAAGACUUUAUCUUUACCUAUUGGCACUGAAGCCAGCUUUGCACCGCUAGAUGACCGGGAUUUUGCGGAAGUCGUCGUUACGCUCUUGUUAUCACCAGACGACAAUUUACACAAUCAAACUACUUAUACUCUAACAGGGCCAAAACUAUAUACGGGCCCUGAGUUGGCCGAGAGAUUAUCCGUAAUCAUGAACGACCAUGUGAAAUUUUUUGGAACGUCACUAAACGAGGCCGAGCAACAAUUGAGUAAACUUCUUCCGCAGGCCAACGAGCGAGUAAAACAACAGCAUUUGGAAUUAUAUCGAGCGAUAAAGAGCGGCGAAUGUGAAGUGAAGACUGAAGAUGUAAAGAAGAUAUUGGGUGACAAGAAGGCACCGCGAGACAUUGAGAUAUAUUUUGGUGACAUAAUAGUGAGAAUAACGAGAGGAUAUUAG